UUAUCUGAUCACUCUGCGCACGCAUGUGUGUUCAGCAUCAGGAAGUGUCAGUGUGGUUUGUAAGGCUGUGUAUCUGAGUUGGUGCUUUUCAGACGCAGUUUGCAUCCAGCGAAGAGAAGACAAAGAAAUGGCUGGAACUCAGUCGCUCUGCUGCCACGUCCACACGGCCACGCGGGCAUCUGCCAUCUUCUACCUGGUUUAUAAUCUGCUGGUGGCCGUGGAUCUGGCUAUUGGAGCAAUCUGGAAUACUGACCCAAUCACCAUCUCCUACACCGACAUGAAGCUCACCAGUGGCUAUCGCGCCUUUGAUAUUGGCACCAACUUCAUGGUGUUGGUUUUGAUGUCCUUCUCCAGUGUGCUGGUAAUGAUAGCUCACCGUAAGGGGGCGUUGUGUGUUAUGCCAUUUAUGCUGUUCAUGUUUGUGGACGUGGCUCUGAGUCUGUUGUCGCUGUUCGCUGCUCCAUGGGGUCUGCCUGGGACCCCCACCUACAGAUCCGCCCUGCGACUGGCUUCAAAUUUUAAAGGAGGGGUCAAGCUGGAAGGGGAGGAGUUAAGCCAAGUCACCAUGAUAUUUGGAGUUCUGUUUGUGAUGUACAUACUGCUGAAGGUGUACAUGAUGCAGGUGUCAAUGCGCUCUUUUUAUGAUCUGAGGGACAACUGGCCACCGCGUCCCGCGGCCAAAAACACUGUGACGGUUAAGCUGCCCUCCUAUGACGAGGCUCUGAAGAUGAAAGAUGAUGCCCUGCCCCCGGCCUAUCAGGAGCCUUAAAGCACGAAAGGAAAAGGCACCCACUCUUCUCUUGCACUUUCCGCACACACUGGCAGCUCCAAUUAAUAUUUAAGCUCAUUUAGUUACUAGUACAACUACAUAAAUUUACUUAUUGUACUUCCAUACAUAUAUACACACACAUCUGUACACAGCCAAAGUCAUAUAGGUACAGUAUAUUAUGCAUAUACUAUUCUUACAUAUUCAGUUUACCUAAGAAAAAUAUUUCAAUCAGCUACUAAAAUACAAGAUGAACAGAUUAAUAAGUAUAAGUAUAUCAAGUAAAGCUACUCCAGAGCUACUUAUAUGGAGUAUAGAGCAGCUAUUAUUCCUGCAAGCUUUAAAACAUCACAGGAUGAAUGUAUAACUGAGCUGUCGUGAUGCUACACAUCAGACAUAUGUGAUUUUUUCAGUAUUUUGUCCAGCUGCUUCAAGUAUUUUCCGCUAUUUUCUUUUUUUGAUGGUUAGACGGAGGGGGACAGAGAUUAGGCUUUGAAAAUGUGAAAGUGUGAGUUAUGCAGUAAAUAAGCAAACACAUUUCCAUACUCAAACAGAGAAGCUCCGGGAAAUUCUUCAGCUUUAGUUGUUUCUCCAGACAUUUUUAGGGUGUUUGUUUUGCGCCUGUUGGCAACACAAAAAUAAACGUGUGAAAAAUGUUGUGCUUCA